CUGAACAAGUUGACGGUGCCGGCCGGGGAGAAGUUCCGGAAGCUUCAAAAGAUGGUGCAUGACAUGAAGAAAAAUGAAAGUGGAAUAAUAAACAAGUUCAAAAAGUUCCAAAAUGAACAAGUGGCCUUAAUUUGCAAAACUGGGAAAGAUACUUGGGAUAGGCUAAAAAAAAAACCUCCACCAAGUCUGCCACAAAGGGAUUAUGCUUCAGAACAUGCAGACAAUGAAGAGGAACAAUGGUCAGAUGAUUUUGACAGUGAUUAUGAAAAUCCGGAUGACCACUCUGACUCAGAGAUGUAUGUUGUCCCCAGCGAAGAGAAUCCUGAUGACAGCUAUGAGCCACCUCCAAGUGAGCAGGAGAAAAAGAAGAUUCCCUCUGCAUUCCCUAUUUCUAGGGGUGAAUAUGCAGACAAUCGCACAAGUCACCAGCAGCUUCCUCCCAUCAACAAACCUCUCCCAAGCACACCCAGUCAAGCCAUGUCCAGACCGAAGAAACCAUCUGUGCCAUCCCUGCCUUUGCCAUCUCCUGCUGCAAAACCAAAAGUACCACCCAAGCCUAAGGAGUGUAGUGAUGAUGAGGAUAAUUACAUUGUGCCAGUGGACAAUGACGACGAUAACUAUAUUGAACCCACAGAAAGCAACAUGUCACUACCUACAAGAUCUCCUGUGAACAGAUUUAUGAAGACAACAAAGUCAGCCCCCCCUACUUCUCCAAAGCCUUCUCUAUCUUCUGAUGUGCAAGAAGUCUACGAGGUUCCUGAAGAAGAGGAAAAGCCAUCACCACCACUGGUAAACAGGUUCACUAAGCCACUUCCGUCUGUAUGCUCUCAGAACACAGAGCACUUGCAUGUGCACAGCAUGACUAGAGAGUCACCUAAACUGGAUACUUCCAGAAAUAUCUUGCCUCUUCCCAGAAAUCGUCUUCAUCCAAAAGCAGACCAUGAAGCAAACAAUAAUGAUGAAAAUCAUAGCCUCAGUAGCACACAAGAAUCCAGGUUUCCCACUGGAGCAGCUCCAUCUCCGCUACCAAGGGGCCUAAAGAAAACUUCUAAUGCAGUAAAUUCACCAAAACCAUGUUUACCUUCCAGAGAGACCUUAACUGCAAAUGAAGAAAAACCUACAGCAGCAGGACGACGAGGUUCCAGCCAAGAGCUUUCGCUUCCACCCCUUCCAAGUGGUGUCCAAAAGCCUUUGCUCCAAAAGUCCUCAAUGCUGCCAAAAGUGCCAGAAGCUGCAAACCGUUCUCUGGGUACUUCCCCUCACAGCAGCAUUUCAUCUAUUUCAAGUACUGCAGACCAG